AUGUCCGAAUACCACUCACAAUUCAGUUCUGGUCAGCUGCGAGCUCUCGACAUUGUUGCCAGGGUUUCAUCAUGCCUCUCACUAACAGGCUCCUCGUUUACCAUUGUGAGCUUUAUCAGCUAUCCACCACUCCGGAAACCAGUCAAUCGUCUGGCUUUCUCUAUCGCCGUGGCCAACAUCUUUGCUUGCCUUGCGUACAGCUGGGGGAGGUACCCUGUUAGAGCCGGAAGAAAUACUGCUUUUUGUCAAACACAAGGCUUCUUCAUUACCUGGUUUGUGAUGACCGAUCCACUCCUAGUCACGGUCAUGGCCUUCAACGUUCUCCUCACAGUACGGACGAAGAGAAAUGCCCAAGAGCUCAAAAAACAAGAUCUCUCAGGGAUCUGUUUUGCAUUCACGGCACCAUUUAUUCCCGCCUUGGUAUUCUUGAUUUGGAGACCUGAUGGUCGUACUGUCUAUGGUGAUGCAACUAUGUGGUGCUGGAUCGCUAAAGAAUCUGAUAUACUUCGACUGGUAGAAUUCUACGUGCCAAUAUGGAUCAUGAUCCUCAUUUCAAUCUUCCUGUUCGCUCUCAGCGGGAAGCAAAUUCUCCUAGUUCGGAAAAAGGUUAAGACCGCUAAGUCUGAAAUGGUUGAGCAUAGGGAACCUCGUCAGGAUCCUUCUCCACGAGACCGCCGCCUCUCCGGUGUUGCGAGAGCCUUCAUGUCGCCGACCCUUAAUCGGGGACCAGGGCCUUCACCGAUGACCUCCAAUACUCCACUGAACCCUUUCCUCAAAGGACUUGAACCUCUAGCCCCCAUACGUUCCCGCGAAGUGCCCGAGCCUCAAGGGCCGUCACUGUUAGGGACGCCUUCCUCUCCACCUAUCGGCCGAUCAGGCUCAGAUCGUGGCCUAUCACGGAGAUCAUCUUCCAGGUUUGACAGAAUUCAUUGGAAAUACGCCAAGUUUGCCUUUCUAUGCACCAUUGUUCUUUUCAUUACCUGGGUGCCCAUAAGCGUCAACAGGAUCUACAAUAACUUCAUUUCUCCCAAUCGUCAAAUCUAUGGACUGUACCUUGCAUCCGCAUUAUGCAUACCACUCCAUGGCUUUGGAAAUUUCGUCAUCUACACCACGACUAGUUGGACCGAAUGUCAAGAAUUCCUCACUUGUUCUACGAACAGGGGAUCGAGGCGACUAUCCAGUAUUCAGCUACCAAAGGAUCACCGAUACCGGGAUAUAUUUCGUCAUUGGAAGGAUAGAAGUGUUGAUUUUGGACAUAGAUACUUCCAAAGUCUGCACCUCAAUAAGAACGACCACUGUUAG